AUGCUGUCCGUUGGAAUUACCUCUCAUACGGCUCCAUCCGAGUACCAGCUUCUCGACGUGUCUCGGCCCGAGAUCAAGGACCCCCAGGAUGUCCUGAUCAAGGUCCAUGCCGCCAGUGUCAACCCUGUAGAUCUGAAGAAAGCUGAGGGGGUUUUCAAGAUCGCACUUAAAGAUUCCUUCCCAUACAAAAUCGGCUACGACGCAGCUGGGAUUGUUGAAGAGACCGGCACAGGCGUGACACGAUUCAAAGCCGGCGAUGCUAUUUAUGUUAGAUUACCAGAGUCGCAUAGAGGCUCAUGGAGUGAAUACGCUGUAUGCCCGGAGCGCCUCAUCGCUCUGAAACCACCGUCGCUGUCAUUCGAGGACGCGGCUGCCAUUCCACUGGCCGCUUCGACUGCGCUCCAAGCUCUGAACAAAUAUCACGGUGAUCUAUCGGGGAAGACUGUCUUUGUGCCUGCUGGCUUGGGCGGGACUGGCUCUUUUGCUUGCCAACUAGCAAAGAAGUGUUUCCACGCAGGAAAGGUGAUAACAACUGUCUCUACCGCAAAAGUGCCCAAAGUCCCUGAGCUUCUAGGGGAGGGGACAGUCGAUGAAAUUAUCGACUAUAAAAAGUCCGACCCAAGGGAUGUCAUUGAGCAUGGCUCUGUUGACUUCCUAUUCGACACAGCCGGUCUCGCCAUGGAAUAUCUGUGCCUAAUGCGAAAAGGAACAGGGUGUAUUAUAUCCAUAUCGACGACCCCGUCUGGGAGUCAGCUGCAGGAUUCAGCGGUGAUGAGACUGCCGCAUCAUCCUACAGUCCCAAUAAUUCCUAGGAUUGCGUUGAACUUGAUGGACUCGGUCCGCAAGUUCCGUGCAAGUCGUUAUGGGGUCAGUUACUCGUAUAUGUUUUUAGAACCUAGUGGGGAGGAUCUGGAUACAUUGAGGGGAUAUGCUGAAGAGGGGAAGCUGAAGCAGGUUGUUGGGACUACUGUUAAUAUAAGAGAUAUUGAAGAGGUACGGAAGGCAUGCGAGGUCGUUUAUAGCAAUCGGGGCGGGUUAGGGAAGACAAUUAUUAGAAUCGCUGAUGGUCAGUAG